GCCGCAUCUGGGUUGCGCAGGGUGAGGCGUGGUGGGGAUGGGGCUGCCUCGUGGUGGAGAUCAGCUCGCGAAGCGUUUCGCCGCCACCGUGGUGAUCCACGACUCGCCGCCGCCGCGAGGGAAGAUGAAGGGAAAGUCCGCCGGCGUCCCCGUCGGCAAGGACGAUGAAGACGACGACGACGACGACUGCGUGAUUCUGGACGGCGACCCUCACAGGCCGGUCGCCGUUUCGGGCGCGGGGUACGGUGGCGGAUCGGACGAGGUGGAGAUCGUGGCGGUGAGAGGCGAGAUAGCUUGCAAGGACUUCCCUCACUCGCGCCAUGUAUGUUCUGAAUUUCCCUUCGGCACUACUUCUCACGUGAAGCAUUGCAGCAUGUGCUACUGUUUUGUAUGCGAUGCUCUGGCUCCAUGUAAGUAUUGGGGCAAAGGUGUGUCAAAUAAUGACCAUUGUCAUGCUACUGAUAAGGAAGCAAAGUGGAAAACACAGAGGCAAGCAUUCAAGAGCAAAAUUCUGCCAGCAACUUAUCCAGAAAAGCACCAGAAUGUUGUGUACCCAUCAACACCAUCACCGAGACGGCAGGAUUAUUACAAUGACUACACAUCGGAGGAGUACAGAGUGGAGGACGAGGAAGAGUACUUGGAUCAGGACAAGGAAGAGUACUCGGAUCAGGACAAGGAAGAGUACUCGGAUCAGGAUGAGGAGACAACGGUGUGCGUCGGGAACCUACCCUAUGGCAUUGACAGCCAGUACCUUGGCCAGCUCUUCUGGUAUGCUGGAGUUGUCGUGUUCUCGGAGGUCAUCUACGACAGGGAAACAGGCCUGAGCUGUGGAUAUGGGUAUGUCACCAUGAGUACUGUUCAGGAGGCUGAUGAUGUUGUGAAGAAUUACCAUCUGCGUGAGCUGUAUGGCAGGCUCGUCACCGUGAGCAAGGCAGCUGCUAGUGCUAGUCCGAGAGGUGCGGAGGCAGAAGAAACACCGUCUCCCUGCCCGUCCACGUCUUCUUUGUUCAAGCUCUACGUGGCUAAUCUGCCCUGGGAUGUGGACGGCUCUGAGCUGAAACAGCUGUUCAGCGAGUACGGUGAAGUGGUCCAUGCUAAAGUCCUUUACAAGGGGCGAGGAGCUCGACGGCGCUCCCAAGGCUUCGGUUUCGUCACGAUGGCGACGCAGCAGGAAUCUGAGGACGCCAUUUGGGACCUCAACAAACAGGUCUGGAGGGGUCGCAAGCUGCGAGUGCAAGUUGCGUGAGAGGAAGGGUGACAAUGGUCACUAUGAGGCUUUCAGGUGCUUCACGUUGAGAUAGCCAGGAACAUCAUACUAAGACUUAUGAUAGGUCUAGAUUCAGAGACUUACCUUUCUUGCCAUGCCUCAUCAAUUUUAAUGUUACGGCCCUGGUAACAAGAUGACGUAACAAACAUUAGCUUGGUCAUAGUAGCAACAUUUCAAAAUCCUUGCUGUCACAAGAUCUCAA